CGCUUCUAGGUACUUCCGGUGCUCUCCCGCCGUGCUCUGCGCGGCCGGUCACAGGAAGCGGUAAGAUGUCUAGCUGGGAGCGGGAGAGCGCACGGGGCUCCGGGGAUGGACGAAUCUACGUGGGUAAUCUACCGACCGAUGUGCGGGAGAAGGAGCUGGAGGAGCUUUUUCAUCGGUACGGGCGAAUCCGUACCAUCGAGCUGAAGAAUCGCGGGGGGAGCGGCGCUGCACCGUUCGCCUUCAUCAGCUUCCAGGACCCAAGGGAUGCGGAGGACGCCGUGUUCGGACGCAACGGAUACGAGUUUGGUUCUUGUCGGUUGCGCGUGGAGUUUCCCCGAUCAAACCGGGGCUCAGGGGGCGGUUACGGAGGACCUCGUGGGAGGAACGGGCCCCCUUCCCGACGAUCUGAAUACAGAGUCCUCGUCUCAGGUCUUCCUCCAUCGGGGAGCUGGCAGGAUCUGAAGGAUCAUAUGAGGGAAGCUGGAGAUGUCUGUUAUGCUGAUGUACACAAAGAUGGAAUGGGGAUUGUGGAGUUUAUUCGUAAGGAAGACAUGGAGUAUGCUUUAAGGAAACUGGAUGACACAAAGUUUCGUUCUCAUGAAGGUGAAACUUCUUACAUCCGUGUCUGUGCAGAAAGAAAUGCCAGCUAUUCACGAUCCAGAUCCCGCUCUAGAGGCCGUGAUUCUCCCUAUCAAAGUCGUCGUUCUCCCCGUUAUGCCUCCCCCUUCCGACAAUACUGAGCUGCCACGCAGGGACACUUUCUAAGAGUUUAGUUCUGAAGACCAUCUGCUCUUACAUUCCACGACUGAUGGAUUUCAUCAACUGUCUUUUAUACCAUUAUUUUCUGCCCGUAUUUUUUUUUUUAAUUUUUAGAAGUGUGCUCUUUUCAUCAGAUGUUUAUGGUUUCUUUCAAUUUGUCAUCUUUUAAGGAGGCAAGACAGUAUUGUGCCUAAUCUGAUGUUUGACUAAGUGUGCAGUGAGUGAUAGGUAUACGGGAUAUAAGGUGGAAUGCUGUGGCGCCGAGACAAACAUAAGGGAAUGUUCAUGUUUGUCUUCUAUAUAUAGACCUACUCCCACAAAUUUGUUAGAACAUUAUUAUUUGAAAUAACUUUUAAUCCCCAAUGAAGUUUGUAUGUGUUUCCUUUUUAUUAUGGAAGUGUUUCAGUUAAAUAAACAUCUGUAGCUGUCCUAAUAAAACAGUGAGAUUUCCUAGU